CUCCUAACAGAGUGGCUACAUCUCAGCUCAAAAAAAUCCACUCUCUGUAACUUCCUGCGACUCACGAGAUCCAGAUGGCAUUUCAGCAAGAGGCCGUAGGAAAGCUAUGGGAGGAGCUCGGCCACGGCUACAAUCUCAGCGCCAAGCUUCUGGCUUUGCUCAGCCAACCCGGUCACCUCCUCGAUAGCCAUGGCCAGGAGAUGGCUGUGGCCAUAAGCCAAGAGCUUUCUCAGGUGUUCAGGGCGUCUCUGUUGAUGCUCAACCCCGGCAACAGUGGUAGGGUGGUGGAAGGCAGGGCGACAGCGCCCGAGGCUGCGAUCAUGGAGGGUAGCAUCAGCCAGGCCACUCCGGCGAUCAUCAGUGGAGAAGAAGUUACUCCCCCAAGAAUAGGUAAAGAAGAGGAGAUUACAGCCGAGCCUUACAAGGAUGGUUACAAAUGGAAAAAAUAUGGGCAAAAGAACAUUAAGAACAGGAAGUUUGCAAGGUUGUACUUCCGAUGCAUGCAUAGCCAUGAGCGCGGCUGCAGGGCGAAGAAGCAGGUGCAGCAGCAGGAUAACAGCAUCGGCAAUCCUCCAUUGUACAAGGUCACAUGCCUGAACGAGCACACAUGCCACCAAGCGUUUCCUAACGUGAACAUCACCAAUGCAAAUUUAGCCGCGACGAGCACUACGACAAGGAACGGCGCCGACUAUGAUCCCGCUCGCGGCCACCUCCACGUCGGCGGGAACGGCGAGUUAGAGGACAGAAUCAUGACCUCGACCUUCAGCACGGUCAUCGGUGGAGCUGCCCUUGCUGCUCCGUCGUUGUCGCCCGUGCCGUCGCCGCCUCCCGUGGAAGCGAGCCCGAGCGGUCCGGCGUCGUACGACACGGGUGGUGGACAAUCGCCGAGCCUGCUGGACUUGAGCAUGUGCCUGGACGAGACGAUGAUGGACGAGAUGUAUUUCUCGUGCGGUUCGCCAUUUCCUCCUGUCGAGGCAAACGCAGCUCCAUGGUCGUUGUCGUCCUUGCCGCCGCCGCCGCCGCCCAUGGAAGCGAGCUCGAUUGAUCCGGCGGCGUACAUGCCGCCCCGCUGUGGACACUCACUGAGCCUGGACGCGAUGACGAUGGCGGAGAUUUUUCUCUGGAGCAGCCCGCUAUUUUCUCCACGUUGAGGCAGCUGCAGCGCAGCCAAUCAGCCACGGCGCCCAACGCUGUCGCCGGCCGGUUCAUGGACACAGCGUCAGCAUGGCCAGAGUACAAGCGAGCAGUGAGUGGUACAAGCAAAACAUACAGUAAUUAGUGAUUAGUUACAUGGAAGCGACGUGCAUCUCCGUGUGAAAGUUAGUGGUAAUAUCCAGUGAGUUCAGAUACAGAUCUUUGUUCAGACGCACGGCUUAAACGGAUACUCAUAGCCUGUAACUAGCUAGUAAGUACUAGCUAGCUAGCUAGGGUGUCCUUCUUUACUUUAGUGAUGAAACCUUUACUUUCGUGAUGAAACUUGAUGUUGAUGAAUUCAACUUGUGAGAAUUGAGCUGCAUGCCUGUAGCUAGCAUGCAGUUUGGGUCCACCGCAUGUGUCCACAUCCUGGGAUUUCGAGGAACAUUCGCCAUAGU